AUGAAACAACAUCUUGCUGGAGUGAAAGGAGAUAUUGGUCUAUGUAAAUCGGUUCCUCCUGAUGUAAAAUUUCGAAUGGAAAAUUCUUUGCAAGAGUUUGUGAAUUCUAAGAAAGCAACCCAAGAAGCAUAUGAAUGUAGAAAUCCUUAUGGUCCUAAUGUGUCACAAUUUGAAGGGGAUGAGGCAGAAGUGAAUUCUUUCUACUUCAAGCCAAUGUUGGAUGCUAUAUCUGCAAUUGGUCUUGAAUAUAAGGGUCCAAAUUACCAUCAACUACGGGUUAAUCUUUUAAAGGAUGCCAAGAAGGAAGUUCAGUUACUUGUGGACUCUUAUCGUGCAAUUUGGGCAAAAGUUGGGUGUACAAUAAUGGGUGAUGGUUGGACAGAUAAUAGACAAAGAACACUCAUCAACUUCCUUGUGUAUUGUCUUGAAGGAAUAUCAUUUGUGAAAUCCGUUGAUGCUUCAGACAUUGUCAAGGAUGCAACUAAUUUGUUUCAGUUAUUUGAUGAGGUGAUUGAAUGGGUUGGUCCACUCAAUGUAGUUCAUAUAGUCACUGAUAAUGCAGCAAAUUAUGUGGUCGCGGGGAGAUUGAUUUCUCAGAAGCAUAAACACAUUAAUUGGUCACCUUGUGCAGCUCAUUGUCUUAAUUUGAUCUUUAAGGAUAUUGGUAAGAUGGACCAUGUUACUGAACUUGUAAGACGUGCAUCAAAGGUGACAAUUUUUGUGUAUAAUCAUGUUGCUUUGUUAAGUUGGUUGAGAAAAAGGGAAGGAUGGACAGAGAUUCUACGACCUGGUGCAACUCGCUUUGCUACUACUUUCAUUGCACUCAAGAGUCUUCAUGAUCAUAAACAUGACUUGCAAGCUUUGGUGACUAGUAAGUUCUUUGUGGACUCUAGAUAUUCAAAGGAUUAUAAAAGCCAAGUUGCAGUUUCCAUCAUCUUGGAUAAUAGAUUUUGGAAUGAUUGUUUGAUUGUUGUGAAUCUUAUGUCUCCACUAAUGCGCUUAUUGCGUAUUGUUGAUUGUGAUGAGAGGCCUUCGAUGGGAUAUGUGUAUGAAGGCAUGUAUAGGGUGUGGGGUUUAUUUGCUCCAAAAUUUGUUUUUGAUGUGGUGGGCCUGAUCCUUUCAGAUUUCGUAAUUGUUUUAGUAUCCCUUUACUAUUUUGGUUGA